UUUUAACUUUAUAUGGAUGAGAUAGAUUGCAUUUCUCUCGAACCAGUCGAAUAAGCAGUGUCGGAUCGAUCGGUUGUUAGUUGGAAUGUUUACCGAUUAACAUCAAAGGAGCAAAUUUCUAACGCGGAAGUGUGGUUGCUUACACUAAAAGCUAUAUAUCUAGUAACAGGUAAAAAUCUGCUUCAUUUAGUUCGUUAUACACUGGCAUAAGAAACGAUGGAUAAUCAAAAGGCAUCCGGAAUCGACAAACUGUUAGAACUUGAUCCCUACCUCAAACUGCAUGAAACGGAAAUUCGUCGAAGAAACAAAGAGCUUCACAAUUGGACAGUGAAACUGAACCAGUUGGAAGGAGGUCUGGAAGAAUUCACCCAAGGCUAUAAAUACUAUGGAUUGCAUAUUGCACCGGACAACAGCCUAGUAGCACGUGAGUGGGCUCCCGGCGCACAACAGCUCUACUUGACCGGAGAUUUCAAUAACUGGCAGUGGGAAGCUACCCCAUACAAGAAACUUCCUUUUGGUAAAUGGGAACUGAUACUGCCACCGAAUGCAGACGGUUCGUGUGCCAUAAAACAUUUGUCCGAAAUAAAAGUAAUUGUGCGCAAACAAGACGGUCAACUUGUAGAUCGUCUUUCACCGUGGGCAAAGUAUGUCGUCCCACCACCGAAGACAUUGGGCGUUAACUAUCAGCAGCGAGUAUGGCACCCUCCGGCUCACGAAAAGUAUAUGUUCCGGUAUAACAAACCCGUCAGACCGCGGGCUCUCCGUAUAUAUGAGUGUCACGUGGGUAUUGCCACCGAAGAGCUUGGAGUUGGAACAUAUAGAAAUUUUGCAGAUAACAUUGUACCUCGUAUCAAAAAUCUAGGUUAUAACACUAUUCAGGUGAUGGCCAUUAUGGAACAUGCCUAUUAUGCUAGCUUUGGAUAUCAAAUAACGAGUUUCUUCGCUGCCAGCAGUCGCUAUGGAACACCAGAAGAGUUGAAAUACAUGGUUGACAAAGCUCACGAGCAUGGCCUUUUCGUACUACUAGAUGUAGUGCAUUCACAUGCCAGCAAAAACACCCAGGACGGAUUGAACCAAUUUGAUGGUACCAAUUCAUGCUACUUCCACGAUGGAUCGAGAGGUGAACACACGCUGUGGGAUAGCCGUUUAUUCAACUAUUCAGAAUAUGAAGUUCUUCGCUUCUUGCUCUCCAAUCUUCGCUGGUGGCAUGAUGAGUACAACUUCGAUGGUUACCGAUUUGAUGGGGUCACCUCAAUGUUGUACCACUCGCGUGGUAUUGGUGAAGGGUUUUCCGGUGAUUAUAACGAGUACUUUGGGUUAAACGUGGACACCGAGGCAUUGAUCUAUCUAGCUAUUGCCAAUGAGUUCCUGCACAAAUUAGAUCCCAAUGUGAUCACUAUUGCGGAAGAUGUGAGUGGUAUGCCAACACUUUGUCGUCCCACAGACGAAGGAGGCAUAGGAUUCGACUAUCGUCUGGGUAUGGCAAUUCCCGAUAAGUGGAUUGAGCUUCUCAAAACGAAGAAGGACGAGGAUUGGAAUAUUGGAAACCUGGUGCACACAUUAACCAAUCGACGCUGGAAGGAAAACACCGUGUCAUACGCUGAGUCGCACGAUCAAGCAUUGGUUGGUGAUAAAACGAUUGCUUUCUGGUUGAUGGACAAGGAGAUGUAUACGCAUAUGUCUGUAACUUCGGAACCCAACAUGAUCAUCGAUCGCGGCAUAAGUCUACACAAGAUGAUCCGAUUGAUCACUCAUGCUUUGGGUGGGGAAGCCUAUCUGAACUUCAUAGGAAAUGAAUUUGGCCACCCGGAGUGGUUAGAUUUUCCUAGGAUCGGAAACAACCAAUCAUAUCACUACGCACGCCGUCAGUGGCAUUUAGUUGAUGAUAAGUUGUUGAAAUACCAAUUCCUAAAUGAAUUUGAUCGUGCUAUGCACCUAACGGAGGAGCGUUAUCAUUGGUUAGAUUGCUUGCCGGCAUAUGUAAGCUGCAAACACGAGGACGACAAAGUAAUUGCUUUCGAACGAAACAAUUUAUUGUUCGUAUUCAAUUUUCAUUACAGCAAGAGCUUCACCGAUUACCGCAUCGGCGUUGAUCUAGCAGGCAAGUACAAGACCGUUCUCAGCUCAGACGAUACACAGUUUGGGGGGUUCGAUAGGAUUGAUAAGAAUGUAGAGCAUUGUACAUUCCCAGAAGGUUGGGCGGGUAGAAGAAAUUAUUUGCAGCUUUAUAUUCCGUCUCGAGUUGCGGUCAUUUUGGCAGCGCAGUAAGAUUUAUAGUGAUCGUUUUUCUAGUUCAAAACUGCAGGAAAUAAUAAAUAGGUAGCAAGUAGAAGACUGCAUUGGCCAUAAUAUUAAUUGUUUUUAUAAGUUAGAUUGUUAUUUCCAUUAUCACAGAAAUCAUUAUUAGAAUGCAUUGAAUAAAAAUUGCCACAAA